AUGAGUUCUAUGGAUGAAAUAGAGGAAGAAGCAAAAUGUGCAGCCGAAAAAAUGGUCAUGAAUAUGAUGCAAAGACCGGGACAACUUGAGAAAGUGGAGCAGUAUAAAAAACGAAUAACUCACAAAAAAGCUUCAAUAGAAGCCCAACUGAAAUCUGCAGUACAGGGCAAAUUGGAUGGUGUUAGUGUUGGCCUUAAGCAGCUCCAGGAGUGUCUUGAUGAUGUACAAGAAAUAAGUUUAAAGAUGGAUGAACUCGAAGAGCUCUUGAGAGGGGUACCUCCUUUAGUGGCAUCAUUACAAGCAGUUAGAGAAGAAGAUUCUCGGCACUCUCAAUAUGUUACUGCGAUGGAUAGUUUGAAGCACAUAUUUACUGUUCCUGAGAGUGUUGCAAAGACCAAGCAAUGGAUAGGGGAAGGAAAAUUAUUACAUGCACAUCAGUGUCUCAAUGACUUAGAAAAUUCAAGAGAUGAUUUACUUUACGAACUGCAUAGGCUACCUAAUCAAUCAUCACAUGACAAAAUCAUGCUAAAAGCAUAUUUUGAAGAUGUUGAAAUUGUAUCAAAUGUGCUCGAAAAACAAAUAAAGCUUAUUCUAGCUAGAACACUGAAUACAGUACGUAAGGAACCCACAGUUAUCGUGACUGCUCUUAGAAUAAUAGAGAGGGAAGAGAAACGGGAUCAAAUGGCAUUGCAGCAACAAGAGCAAACUGGUUUUUUGCCGCCCGGCCGACCUAAGAACUGGCGCACCAAAGCAUUUGAAGUUCUAGAAUGUGCAGUUGCCCAGCGUAUAGAAGGAACGCGUGUUGAUGAACGUGAAGAUAAUAAACUAUGGUUGGUCCGUUACUUGGAGCUGACAAGACAACUCAUCUUAGAAGAUUUAAGAGUCGUCAAGACCCUUUGUGUCCCAUGCUUUCCACCUCACUAUGAUAUUGUUAACAAAUACGUUAAUAUGUAUCAUACAUGUUUAUCAUCUAGUUUACAAGAUGUGGUUCAAAAUGGUAUAGAAGGUAAUGAAUAUGUUACAUUGCUGUCAUGGGUUCUCAAUACAUAUCCUGGAGACGAGUUGAUGGGCAGCCUACAGCUUGGAAUUGAUGUUUCAAAAUUACCACCUUUGCUUAGUGAAGAAAUAAUGCAAAGACUUCAAGACGAAUAUUUACAGAAAAUGGAGUCUAAUUAUGUGGAAUGGAUGGAAAAGACGCUCGAGUCUGAACGCGCAGAAUGGAAUGGCCAGCAGCUACCGGAGGUGGAGCCUCAUUCUAACGCUUACCACACUCACGCACCCGUAAUUAUAUUCCAAAUGAUUGACCAAAACUUGCAGGUGACUGAAACGAUAAGUAAAGAAAUAACUUUCAAAGCUUUACUGCUUAGUAUAGAUCAAGUUACUCGAUAUGCAAAUAUGUACAGAGAAGGUGUCAUUCAGUUUAAGAAUGCUCACUUCUCUGAUCGAUCUCGAGUGGCGUAUUUUACUCAUCACAUGAUCACCAUCGUGAACAAUAGUGAGCAGAUGGUGCGAUUGGCGCAGCAGACUCAGACGCGUCACUGGCCGCCAGGUCGCCACGACCCGCCCGCUGAGGCUAAGUUUGAUAAGAUGCUUGCUACAUUUCAGAAUUUACGUAACGAAGCGGCGGCAUUUUUACUAGAAGAAGCGUUCUUAGAUCUCGAAGUUCAUUUUGAUGCACUUUUCACAUCCAAGUGGUUACCUUCGACGAUACCCGUGGACACCAUAUGUAUCACCCUAGAUGACUACUUCCAAGAUUAUAACCACUUGAGGGACAAGAACUUCGAAUAUGUAAUAAACGAGGCUCAAAAUUUAGUAUAUAAAAAAUAUAUAACAGCGAUGUUAUCAAAGAAAGUAACAUUCAAGACAGUCGAAGAAGCACAGCAGGCCGCUACGAAGAUUGUGAAAGAAGCUAAUCAAAUAAGGUCAUUUUUCAAGAAGAUAGCUCCCGAAGGGGUGAACGUUGAUUGGCCUUUUGAAGUAAUCAGCAUGUUAGCAGAGGUGCUACGCUGCCAAGAUAUAGAGAUGCUGUCGUUGGACUUACACGGUGUAGUGGCCAAGUGCCCGGACAUGACGGAGGAUCAGCUGGUCCGAUUGCUCGCACUACGAGCGGAUGUGCCGCGGGCCCAUGUCCGUGAUACAGUCGCGAUAGCUCUAGCCGCGAGACCACCAUCCCGUACCACUUCACACCCUUCGCUCUUCACUAAUAUUAACUUCAGUGAUAAACUUCUUUCGCAUUUUGCCCUGUAA